GAUGCAACAAGUAACCAUGCCCACGCCGCUCCGCUGAUUAGGCAUAGCUGAAAAUGAUCUCGCCUGUCAACACCGACGUGGCUCGCUUUUAUGACCGAUCGACACCACGAGCGCAGACGAGACAAGAAAUAGACGAUGAGUGGAAGCGCAGAGGUCGACGAGCUUCGUCGCUUGAAGAUAUACCCGAGGCGCUCGACAGAGCUGAGACAGAGGAAGCGUCUCAAGGAGACGAAGAAGACGACGGCCCAGAUACCGCAGCUCUGGUCACUGAUGGCAAGCUGAGUCAAGCGAUGGACGAGUCGCUGACGAACGCUGCGGAGGAAGUUGCAGCUCUUCGGACAGCCCUCAGCGAAUGCUGGACGCUCUGCAACACUCUCGCAGCUCUCUCGUCAACGCACCGACAGCGAACUUUCAAGUUUGCGGGGAAGCAGGAUAUGCAGGAGUCAGCAUGGCGCAGCUGCUGGCGCCUCUGCCAGCAACUGUACGAUUCGCGUGACGAAGACCAUGCUUCGCAGGUAAUACCGACAUUAGAGCUGUGCAGAGACUUCUGUCAAUCGCUCUUCGAGGCGAGGCAAAAGAGCGAUGAGGCUUCAGACUCUGUUUUGCGUGUUAGUUUCGAGCUCAACAACCACCUAUACAAUACUCACGAUCGCAGUUUGCCAGAAGCGUUCAACGAGCGCACCCUGGACUUCUACAUCACACUAUGUCAUAGGCUGAUGAAACAGCGUACAUCUCUGCCUCAGGAGACGGACGCGCUACUGCGUGCUUGCUGGUCGCUUGCGGAGAUGCUGUUUAACCUACGACAGAGCAAUAAGGAAGGCAAAGCCCCCGACGAGGAGUUGCUCGGGUCUGCAGUACAGUCCUGCUGGGAGCUAUGCGACCUUUUCCGUGAAGGCUGGACGCAGAUUCGGCCUGAGCGUGGCACACCCCGACCCAGUCAGGUCACCUUCAAAACCAAUUCAUUCCCACCAACACAACAGCAGCUGCCAUACAAAGCUCCCUCCAUCUCGGAGGUGCGCUCAAACUCGAGCAUGAGCAAUAGACAGUAUCAUGACGCGCCAGCAGCGCCGUUAGUGCCGGAAACGCCGACGACAAUCUUCGACGACUCGACCUCGGCAGCGUCGUCACCCGACUCUGGAAACAUCCCUCACAUUCUGGUCUUAGGACCGGCUGGACCAGCGAGCUCUAGUGGCGGUUCACAGCGAGGCGGCUCACACCACGACCGCUGGUCAAGCAACGCUUCCGUGCUUAGUGGCUAUUCGGAAGGAUCGUCUCGACAAAGCUCCUCAACCGCCACCGCAACGUCGGAAGAAGCGCAUCUUGCGCGGCUACGUUACCUGCUACUGAAGGCAGGCAUGCAUACAGGCUACUCAAAGACAUCGGGUGAGCCUCUACCGACUCAUGUCACAGACUUGCCGGCAAACGCCUUCGGCACGCUGCCAUGGCAGAUCAAGGUGUUGGAAUUCUACAAGAAGCUCGUGCUCGGUGACAAAUCCAUGUUGACCGUCCAUCAAAUGCCCGCUCGGCGGUUGACGGCGGUUGAAGUGGCGAAGUCUGUGAAAUGGCUUGGGUCUUCGGAGCAGUGGGCUUGGAUGCGCGACCUGUACCGGCUUGUAUUUGGUUUUGGCAUCGAUGACGCUGCAUCAAGGGGCGGCGGGAUCUCUGUGUAGGGUGUCGAGCUUUAUUGCCGACCCCCAUGCACUCGCGGCUGGGACUCAGGCUGGUUGAAUGACACUCAAGGAGGGAUUACAAAUCAUCGACCAGGAUACGUUGCAUUCGCACCUGCACCGGCAAGACACAUACGCGACAGCUGCAGCGCAUGACCGGCGUGCGCGUUGCAAAAGAGCCUCUGAUCUGUGGAGCACAACUUCCGACCGC